AUGCCAAUGGCGAGGCAGCCAACUGGUUUGACAGCCACCAUUAACGCCGCCAUCCGAUCCAUAUAUUUCGAUCAUUGUCUUGUUCCUGUGUCUCACUUCCCACUAUUAAAUACGAAGUCAGACUUUGCUGUGUCACAGCAGAGUUCGAAGAGGAGAAGAGGCAACAGCUUGGAGCGGAGAAGAGAUGGCGGAAGUGAAGCUCAUCGCGGGGUGGGCGAUCCCGUGCGUGGUGAGGUGGGGAUAGCGCUGGGCCUCAAGGGAGUGGAGUCUGAGUUGCUGCAGGAUGAGUUGGGGAAGAAGAGCGAGCUGCUUCUGAGAUCGAAUCCUGUGUCCAAGAAGAUCCCCGUCCUUCUCCACCGCGGCAGGCCGGCCUGCGAGUCGAUGGUCAUCGUGCAGUACAUCGACGCCGUCUGGGCCGCUUCCGGCCCUGCCAUCCUGCCGGCCGACCACUACGAGCUCGUUCUCCACCGCUUCUGGGUUGUGUACAUUGACGACAGCGUAUCAUCGAUUCUGUGGUGGCCUUCAGUGACUAUAAUCGGCAAGGCUCAGACCGAGGAAGCCAAGGCCGAAGCGAUCGAGCAAGCGCUCACCGGGCUGACGCUUUUUGGAGGAGGCCUUCGGGAGUCCGAGCAAAGGAAAAGGUUUCUUUCGGAGGGGACGACAUCGCUCUCGGCUGGAUCAAAGCGAUCGAGAAGCUGACCGCCCUCAAGCUUAUAGACGAAGAGAAGACACCUCUCCUCGCCGGAUGGGCGGAGAGGUUCUGCGCUCACGAGGCUGUAAAGCAGGUGACGCCGGAGACGGAGGAGUUGAUGGAGUUCCUCAAGUUCCUUCAAGCAGCAUGGAAGGCUCAACCUGCAGACUGAAGGAGCCUUUUGGCUGCUCGUGGUUGCAUGCUAUGGUGAUGAUGUAUGUUGCGUGUGGGGAAUCGGUCAACAGACUGUGAUGUGAUACGUGUUCGUGUUUUAUUGGUGAUAUGACAUCUCAUACUAUUUUUUUCGAUGAUGUCCAGUUUUUUGCUUGUGUGAUGCGAUUCGAUUGGCGUGUUGGAUAUGUUAUAAUAUAAUUUAGGUC